AUGAAUCCGUAUGCGUUUCGAGGUUGGCAUUUGCCGUCGUACGCCGACGGUGCGGCGGCGGCGAAUUACGAACGUAACUACCACAUGUAUGGCUCACUUCCGUCCGGAUACUUCGCGCCGUCAUCUUCAAUGUACCCAUUCAACCCGGAACCUCAAAAGCAGCACAUCGGUGGCGACUGGAAGCUGCAGAGCUCAUCCGUCUGCUCGACCUCCUCGGACGGCUCCCCGAACAACCUGCGCGAGCAGGGCAUGACCAAGCCCUCGUACGAAGGACUGUACAAACAGAACGCUUGCCGGAACGCCGACAGCUCGGACGAGCACGCGCGCUCGUGCUGCGCCCUCUCGUGCUCGUGCAGUAGCCCCCAGCAGCGGCUGCCGAUGCUGAACAACUCGUGGGCCGGAGGCGACCUCGGAGGUGCGCUGGACUUCAACAAGACCUCCAUGGCCAUGUCGACGAUGUCACCUUACCAGUCCCUCUGUCAGAGAGCCGAAAUACCGAGUGUGAUUCACCUGUCAUCAGCAACGCUGGCGCCUUCAGCCGUGACGUUACGCAAACGUCGACGUCCAUAUUCAAAGUUUCAAAUCGCUGAACUGGAGCGUGAAUACAACAGCUCUACGUAUAUAUCGAAGUCCAGGCGAUGGGAACUCUCACAGCUGAUUAAUUUAUCAGAAAGACAAAUCAAAAUAUGGUUUCAAAAUCGUAGAAUCAAGGCCAAGAAAAUCACUAAACAUGACGGUGAUUCGGAUAAAAACGAUAGUACGGAUGAGCCAGACAUAAAUCUCCAUAUGGGCCAAUGAGAAUCCUCAUAGACAUUUACUGCUGAAAAGUGUGACAUCAUGCAAUUUACAAGUAUCUGAUUGGUCGUUAGUGUAACACAUUAGUACAAAAGUAGGGUAGCAAUAAUUUUGGCUGGACAAAUUGUAAUAAUGCAUAUCCUCCUAAUGAUAAUAUGACAACGAUGAUGUCAUAAGGAAAUAUAUCCAUCGUUCAUCAGAACGGAGGACGGAAUGUAGGCGAAAAUGCAGACCUUAAACGGCAUUAUGGGUCAUGCUUCUGUGAGCGUAGUGUAUAUUAAAUAUUUUAAAUUGAACAAUUAAAUUCAGCAACCAUACAGAUUGCUUGGCAACAAGAUAUUAUACACGUGACAGUGAUGGUCACAUCAGUGUUUGUGCUUGUCGUGUUACA